CUGUUGUAUUAAUUAAUGUUGCAACUUUCAAGACUCGGAAGAGAAUAGUAUCAAACUUCCAAACAGCUUUUGUUUCCCAAAAGACAAAAGAAGAAGAAAUUUCAAGUAAAUUACAGAGACUCAAAUGGCAGAGAAGAAGAUUAUGCACUACAGCAGCUCUCAGAAGAUACUGUUAGUAGGUGAGGGCAACUUCUCUUUUGCUGCUUCCUUAGCCACUGCAUUUGGCUCUGCAAACAACAUUGUCGCCACUUCUCUCGACUCCAAAGAGUCAUUUAUGGACAAGUACCCAGAUGCAGUGAGGAAAUGGAAGAAGUUAAAGGGAAAGGGAUGUGUAGUAUUGCAUCAAGUGGAUGUGGAUACCAUGAGCCAACACCCUCUGCUAGCUGCUAAACUAUUUGAUCGAGUCGUCUUUAAUUUCCCUCACGCGGGCUUCUUCGGCAUGGAAAGCCAGAGGUUUCAAAUUGAGUUGCAUCAAGAUCUGGUCAAGCGGUUCUUCGCCGCUGCGUCUGAAAUGCUGACGGGAAGAGGAGAAGUUCAUGUGACACACAAGACCGCUUAUCCUUUCAGCAACUGGAACAUAGUGAAGUUAGCAGAAGAGGUAGGGUUAUAUCUGGUUGAGGAAGCACCUUUCACGCGCGCGGAUUAUCCAGGUUAUCUCAAUAAGAGAGGAAGUGGGAGAAAAUGCAACCGGACAUUUCGUGUUGGACAGUGUAGUACCUACAAAUUUGCCAAGCUACCACUUCAACUUCUGGUUCUUGAUUCACCUUAUUGAAUUCUUGAUGUGAUUUCGUUCUCGCCUCUGUUCUUCAACAUGUAAACUAUUAUCUUAUUGUUUAAACUUUGGUAUGGAGUAACACAGCAACAAGUCAGCAAGUCAAUUCGAUCAUUUGUCUCUAUGAAAUUUUCAUUUAUCUCGG